GAAAAUUUAUCGUUUACGUUUAAAAUGUCAAUGUCAAAAUGAUCUAACCUAAAAUCUCUGCCGGAAUGUCGAUGUUUUGUUCAAACGUGGCUUUUAAACGUGGCUGAUGUUAAACCCAAUAAAAAACUAAACAUGCGGCAUCAAAAAAAUGAGUGUUUAAUCUUAUUAAUUGUUUUAACCUAUUUAACCUCAUCGCUGGUUCACGGACAACUUCUGGAAGGUCUAUAUUGUGGUAAAGAAAAUUGUUACACAUUACUCGGUGUUUCAAGAGAUUCAACGAAGAAUGAUAUCGCCAAAAAUUACCGGAAACUAGCGCGGCAAUUCCAUCCCGAUUUACAUCGAGACAAAGAAGCGAAACAAAUAGCGGAAGAGAAAUUUAAAGAAAUUGCCAAUGCUUAUGAAAUUUUAAAAGACGAUGAUUCUCGUUCGGAUUACGAUUACAUGUUGGAUAAUCCCGACGAAUUUUACGCGCAUUAUUAUCGAUAUUACAGAAGAAGGGUUGCCCCAAAAGUCGAUGUACGAAUCGUUUUAAUUGUGACCAUAACAAUUAUUUCAGUGGUUCAAUACUACAGUUCGUGGCAACGAUAUAAUACAGCCAUAAAAUAUUUUGUUUCCGUGCCAAAGUAUCGAAAUAGAGCAAUGGACAUCGCAAAAGAAGAGGGUUUAUUAAAUUUAUUAGCUAAUGACAAAAAAAGGCGAUCAAAAAGCGAAUUAAAGGAAGCUCAAGAUAAAAUAAUCCAACAAAUUAUCGAAAACAAAAUGGAUAUUAAAGGAGCUUAUGCAAAACCAACACUUUAUGAUAUUCUUUGGAUUCAAUUGAUUUUGUGUCCGUAUACUUUAGUAAAAUAUAUUAUUUGGUACGUUUCAUGGAUUUGGAAUCAUGAUAUUUUAAGAAAACCUUACGAAACUGAGGAGAAAUUAAAACCUUACGAAACUGAGGAGAAAUUGUUUUUAAUAAGGAAAUUAAUGAAAAUGGGGCAACACCAGUUUGAUCAACUUGAAGAUGAGAAAAAGGAGGAGUUUUUAAGACGAGAAUUAUGGAUAAAAAGCAACUUUUCAAUUUGGAAACACGAAGAAGAAGAAAAUAUGAAGAAACAAUUAGCUGAAAAUACCAAAUAUAAACAAUAUAGGCGAUAUGUUAAAAACCAUGGUGUAGGACGAAUGACUUUUGAUGAUUCUUAAUUAAAAAAAAAA